CCCGGAGCCUCCUCUUCCUCCUCCUCCUCUUCACGGUUUGGUGGUGAGGAAGAGGAGGAGGAGGACGAAACUUCCCAACAAUCUCUCUUUCUUUUCUCCACGUUGAUGAAGCUUUAAACGUCUUUUAUCCGUUGCCUUUGUGGUGGUGCAGUGAUCUGAUGCAAAACAUCCUGCACCCUGGAAGCUUGUUAUUGGGAAACACCUAUGUCAAUAGACCUGGAGACAGUGCUCAAGUUUUGCCAAAAUGAUGCGGGCGGCGUGUGUGGACGUCCCCGGGGGACCAGAGAGUUUGCUGCUGCGGACUGUUCCCAGACCUGAACCUAAACAUGGAGAGGUCCUGAUUAAAGUUCACGCUACUGCUCUGAACAGGGCAGAUUUAUUACAGAGGCGAGGACUGUACCCACCUCCCCCAGGUGAGAGCGACAUCAUCGGCCUGGAGGUGGCUGGGACUGUAGACACGCUGGGCCCCGGGGUGAAAAAAGGUUGGAGGCCAGAGGACAGGGUCAUGACCCUGCUCUGUGGAGGAGGAUACGCAGAAUAUGUUGCUGUGCCUGAGGAGCUUCUCAUGCCCGUUCCCCAGAAUCUCACCCUGUGCCAGGCUGCUGCCAUCCCAGAGGCCUGGCUCACCGCUUUCCAGCUGCUGGCGCUCGUAGCUCAGGUGAAGGAGGGGGAGGUGGUGCUGGUUCAUGCUGGAGGCAGCGGCGUGGGAACGGCUGCCAUUCAGCUGGUUCGUCUGUUCGGCGCUGUGUCUAUCGUUACGGCCGGGAGCACAGAGAAGCUAAAGAUGGCUGAGAAACUGGGAGCCGCAGCCGGGUUCAACUAUAAAGAGGAAAACUUCGCACAGGGAGUUCACGACUUUACAGGAGGCAGGGGAGCAGAGGUCAUACUCGACUGCAUUGGGGGAUGUAACUGGGAGCAAAACGUGAGCUGCUUGGCCACCGAUGGACGGUGGGUGCUGUACGGCACCAUGGGAGGCAGAGCAGUGGAGGGAGAUUUUCUGGGGAAACUGCUCUCCAAGCGAGGACACUUGCUCAGCAGCCUCCUCCGCUCCCGCAGCCUUCAGUACAAAGCGGACCUGGUCGAAGCUUUUUCUCGUCGAGUGUUAUCACAUUUCUCAAACCAGGCUGCUUCCUUGAGGCCAGUGAUUGACAGCACAUUCAACCUGGAGGAUAUCGCAGAGGCUCACAGGCACAUGGAGGCAAAUAAGAACAUGGGCAAGAUUAUCAUUAAUGUGAUUCCACAGAAACAGGAAACUCAGAUGCAGUGAUAUUAACAGAAAUGUCAGUGCUUUAAAAUGUAUUUUUGAUGUGUGAACAGUCAGGCUGCAAUUCAACCACGAUUUUAGUUUGUAAUUACGACUACAUUAAUAAUUAACAAGCUUAACUCCAGGUUAUAAAUGUGCUGUGUGAACUUUCUUAUGAAGCGCCAUGUGCUGUGAAAACCUGUUCACAAAUGAACCGAGUACAAAAAUAAACGAUGCACAGAC